ACCGAUAACGAUAGGCGCCAGAUGCAACCCUGCUAAAGACGCGCACUCGCAUAAUCCGAGUGAAAAAUUACCGUUAGGAGGCCAACGACGCCACCAAGAUGGCCGAUCAUAAGUAUAAGCUAUUCCGGGCGAUCGAUCCGAACAAAGUAACUGUGCCCCUGAAUGAGAAAUUCUCAAAACUGACGCUAUCCUCCCACAAGAAACGACCACAGCAGAGGGAACGGGAGCCACAACAAGAUCAGGAGCAGCAGUUACCCCAAGAAGCAUUAGCCAUGCGCGACAAUUUGGAGACGGAGCAACUGGAUGGCUCCGACUAUAUGGAUGCCCUGCAGCUAAGUGCCAAUACAGACGUUGAUGUGGAGCAGCUCUCCGCCAGCGUAAGCCACCUGACAAUGCACUCCAAGCAGGAGCAGCAGCAACAGCAGCAGCAGGUCUCCAUUUGUAUAUCCUCCACAACGGAGGAAGAUGACGCCAUCACCAUCUCCGAUACCAGCGAGGAUGAGGACCAGGAGCAGGCCGAUCCCGAGCCCGACAGCAUGGCUGUCAGCGAACGGGAGCCAGAACCGGCCCCACAAUCAAUCCUCACCAGCGACAAAGUCCAACGCAUUGAGGCUUUUCUAAGGGAUGUGGAGCGCCAUGUGGGUGACCAUACACCACCCUCAUCCCUAGCCUCCUCCUACUCGGCAAGGCGACGUUCCCAGAUAGCUUUGGCCGACACUGAAUCCAUGACAACGCCCCAUACGGACGAGGAUUGGGAGCAGCCACCAAGACCUAUUGACAGCAGCAAACGGCUGGCAGAUGAUGACACAGUCCUGGACAUGGACAGUAGCAAGCGACUGGCGGAUGAUGCCACCGAGGCCAAUACACUGAGCUCCCAGUCCCUGGAGCCGGAGAGUCCGGAAAUUAAGAGUAUAAGCCAGCGGCUGGCCGGGAAUGAUACAGAACUGAACUCCACGCUGCAGGAUGAGGAGGCGGAGGAGGAUGAGCCUAUACCAGAGGAGUCCAUUGAGAUUCCAGAAACGGGCAGCGAAGGAGAGGAAGAAGGUGAAGCUGAAGCUGUACCUGUAGCCUCUCCCCUGAGACCUAGUUCCAGCUCCUCCUCCUCCUCAGGCAACUAUGAAACCCCUUCGGUGCAGGUGAGCAGCAUCAAUAUCUCAGCCAAGAUCAACAUCAAGAUCAGCAUACCCACCGGCUACUCGAGUUCUGGGGAGGAAGAAGAGCAGGAGAAGGAGCAGGACCAGGCUCAAAGAAAGCUUAGUUCCGAGCUGGUGGAGGUUCAAGAGCAAAAGCAGCUGAAACAGAAUCAAAAAUCCCUAAUCUCCUCCUCUGGCGAUGCCUCCGAGGAUGAGCAGUUCCUAAGCCAAGCCGAAAGGCUGCUCAAUCAGCUUUAUGGUGAAUCCUGGCAAACACCGGAUGUAAUACGUACCCUAAAACGUUCCAGUGGCAGUGGCGGCCAGAGAAAGCCUCUAAAGCCUAGGAAUCUCGAGGCGCCGAUGGCAGCCACCACCACCAAGAAGAAGAGGCAGCCGGCAGCCACCACCACCACCAAAAAGAGGCAGCCGGCGCGACCAAAGCCAGUGGAUGAGAGUCUCCUGGGUGACUUUAGUAUAUUUACCCGACCUUUGCGCACAAAUCAAACGCCCUUGAACUCCACACACCUGCCGCCGCCUCAGCCUCCCCUGCGAGCUGUCCAAACGGAAAGGCGACCACGUCACCCGCCACGUGCCCGCACCAACCAUGUGGAUGAAGAACGCUGGCGUGCGCUCAUAGACUCUGAAAGCGGCACCGAUGCCUCCGAUGAUGAAGAUGCAGAUGCCACCUACACGGGCAGUGAGUCCAGCUCCAGUGAUUCAGGCAUCAAGAGCAGGCCAAAAAAAGCUCAAGACAAGGAUUUGACCUACCUGGACCUGACCAAGGAUGAGGUGGAGGUGAUAAGCAAUCCCGAUGAGGAGGAGGAGGAUUCUCAGUCUCCCAAAAUCCAUCGCCGCCUGGAUGACAUCCUGCGUUCCUGUCGCGCCACCAGCAAGCUCAAAUUACCAGCCACACCUCCUCCUCCGCCUCCUGCGCCACAGACUACCACACGCCGUCAGCUUUUUACACCCAAUGCUGGCUAUGAAGAUGACAAUGAGGCGCGUGAGAUUGUGGCCAAGGCCUUGGAUCUGGAUAUGCUGGAUGAGCUGGAGAAUGACUAUUUGCCAGGGACGCCGGUUCACAAGCGUUUGCAGGAGGUCAAACGAAAUCUGGGCAUAGUUAAGCCAGGAGAAACGGAUUUAAACAAGGGGAAAUCGAUUUUUGAUAAGGCCACGCCCAAGUCUUCAACAAGAAAGAAAAAGGAGGCAGUGCAGCCUAGCCAGAUCCAAAAGGGCAACGGCGGCAAAUGCAGCUUCCUCAAAUCCCUCGAGGGUCAAGUAAGCCGUGAGAAGGCAGACAACGAGGCCUACUUUUAUAGGGAGAACUUCGCCAAGAACAAGGAGCUGCUGGCCCAGCAUCUCUACAAGCUGUUCAAUGCCCAGGUGUUCAACAACGAACUGGAUGUGCCUCUCACCUGGUCGAAGCUGCUGCGCAACACAGCCGGAAGAUGCAUGAAUAAGCGCAAACUCAACCAGCGCAGCAGCGUGGUAGAGCUAAGCCUCAAAGUGCUAACCACAGCCGAUCGCCUGCGCUGUACCCUCAUCCAUGAGCUGUGCCAUGCCGCCGCCUGGGUAUUCAAUGGCGAGGGUGGCCAUGGACGCGUCUGGAAAAUGUGGGCCAAGCGGGCCAAUGACAAGUUCCCAGACCUGCCGCCCAUCAAGGUGUGCCACAACUACAGCAUCGAGUUCAAGUACACCUACAAGUGCAUGAGCUGCAAUACCUCCUCCCAUGCCCACUCCCGCUCGCGUAAGGUGGAGAAUCUACGCUGUCGUCUUUGCCGAGGUCCCAUCACGCUUUUGUUGAACAAAAAGGAUAAACAGGGCAACACUGUGUCCACGCCGGCGGGCGAGGCCAAGGGCUUUGCCAAAUUUGUCAAGGAUAACUUUCAAAAGUUCAAACAGGAUCACCUGACAGCCGCCCAGGUGAUGCGGCUCCUUGGCGUGGAGUAUGCCAAGCAGAAGGAAGGGGAGGCGGCGUCGAUCGCCAGUCGCGUCCAAACGCUCACACUGGACGACUAGCUGGACACUAGACAUAUAUAUAUAUAGGUAUUUUAUAUGUAAGUUAAUGUGUUUGUUUUUUAUUCUCACUUUUCUUUGCAAAGAAAUCAAGUUUAAUUUUAAGUUUUUACGGACUAAGGUCGCUGUGACCAAAAUGAAAUGACAGUGAAAAUGUUUUUUAACAUAAAUACGAGA